AUGUUUAGCCUCAUUAAAGUAGCGCAUCAUCUUCGUAAUGUUGACCCCAAAUCCAGGAAAGUGGAGCCCAAGAUUAUCACCAGGAUGGUAGAGAUCUUGUCAACCAUGAUAAAGCCGGCAGUUCCUACCCCAGAGACUAUGGAACUGAUUAAGGACAAUGCUGAAGCCUGGGGUUACAACACUAUUUCCACUUUGGUCAACCACUACGAACUGGGUUUUGAUGAAGUCAUGUUUGAACUCCAAGAGUUAAUGAUCCCACAAUGGCGAGAUGCGUUUGAGGUGGCGGUGCGUUGGGCGAAGAGAAACUUGCCCCGCAUCACGGAUGAGGCUAUAGGCGUAGCAUACGCCAGGAUUUCAGGAUAUGUUAAAGAUUCGGCCUCAAAUGUCGGUGGAGAUGAGUCCAAGAUCUUUGACAUACAACCCCAGCCACCAAUCCAACCAGUGAAAAUAGUACAGUCCCUUGAGAAGCCGAUAGCUCCCAGUCACGAGCUGCAGAAACGACCAACGGCCAAACAGGCCACAGAGGUCAAAAAGGUCAAGCAGGACCGCUCUGCAUCGGCAUUUGUUCCACGACCUGUAGGGAAAAUAGAUCAGCCACAACCUAUCGCCAAGCAGGCUACAAAGGUCACACAGGUCAAGCAAAACGAUGACCACUCUGGAGGGGCAGUUACUCCUAAAUUACAGAGGGAACAACGACACAUUACACGGGACAGAGAUCAAACAUUAGGCCAAACAGGGGUCAGAGUCCAGGAGACACACAAGGUCAAGAGUCCAGAUCUAGAAGAACCAGACUCAGGGUUUGAUGAAGGAGAUGUCUUCCUGGACUCAUUGGAUUUCUCCACUAAUUUAGAGCCACCACUGUUUGAAGUAGGGAUGUAGGAUUAGUUCUAGCCUGGACCCAGGCUCUAACCCUAACCCUAACCCUAGCCCUAACCCUAACCCUAGCCUGGGCCCUAACCCUAACCCUAACCCUAGCCCUAACCCUAACCUGGGCUCUAACCCUAACCCUAACCCUAACCCUAGCCCUAACCCUAACCCUAACCCUAACCAUAGGUCUAACCCUAACCCUAACCAUAGGUCUAACCCUAACCCUAACCUUAGGGGGUUAAUAAAUAAAUAAAUUAAUAAAUAAAUUAAUAAACAAAUAAAUAAAUAACAUCAUAUAUUGCAUGGUAAAUCAUCUACAAGGGUGCUAAAGGGUUAAAAGAGCAAAUACAAAAAGGGUUAUAAUUUAGUUAAAAAAUAAGGAAAUUCAUUGUAUUUUUCUCUGGGAGAGUAUAAAAGGCAGAGCAGAGGAGGAAAAUUCAUUUUCACUCUGACAGCCACCAAGUAAAGACCUACUGCAUUUAAACUACUGUUUGCUUUAUGUUGUGUGUGCCUUGGCCUGAGGAAGACCAACACAGGUCGAAACGUAGCAUCAUAGGCACACAAUAGGAAGGCUAAGAAUAGUUAUCAUUGUGAAAAACAAAUAAAAACAUUCUAAAAAAAUUAAAAAACAAAAAAAUACAAAAAAAUAAAAAAAUACAAAAAAAUGUAAAAACAGUUAUAGUUUAUUUUGAGGGUAUUUAAUCACAGUUUUUGUUAAUUAAGAAGUUCAAAUAAGAACAAAAUCAACAUUUUAUUUUAAGAAAGGGUUUAAAAACAGUUAUUUUAUUUUGUAUUACAAACAGCAUCUCUAUAAAAACAAUCAUAAUCUCAUUUAAGUAAAAUCUUUAUAAAAAAAAAAAAAAAAAACAACAAGGAAAUCACAAUUUUGUUUAAGAAAGAGUUUAAUUUCAUUUAUUUCUGUGGGAUAAAAUCACAAUUUUAAUUUAAAUAUAUAAAAAUCUUAAAACAAAGUAUGAUGGCCACUCCACGCAGGAGUGGCUUUGACGGCUGGACGGAGGUCCGCUUUGGCCGUAAAGGCCAGCGCUUCCGCCAGCCAUUCCGGGACCGGGGGAACGUGUUCGGUCGAGGGAAGGCCCGUGCAUUCCCCGCUCCCUAUGGGAGACGGGAUUCAUUCCCCAAACCUGUCCAGCCAGUGCCUCACUCACAUAGGCCGCCACGUGAACCUGGUCCCACUGCUAAACCCUACACCUCAGGGGAGGUGAGGAGACAACCAGCUGACCCAGAAUUUGGGCAGCUGGUGAGGAAGAUGUUUAGCCUCAUUAAAGUAGCGCAUCAUCUUCGUAAUGUUGACCCCAAAUCCAGGAAAGUGGAGCCCAAGAUUAUCACCAGGAUGGUAGAGAUCUUGUCAACCAUGAUAAAGCCGGCAGUUCCUACCCCAGAGACUAUGGAACUGAUUAAGGACAAUGCUGAAGCCUGGGGUUACAACACUAUUUCCACUUUGGUCAACCACUACGAACUGGGUUUUGAUGAAGUCAUGUUUGAACUCCAAGAGUUAAUGAUCCCACAAUGGCGAGAUGCGUUUGAGGUGGCGGUGCGUUGGGCGAAGAGAAACUUGCCCCGCAUCACGGAUGAGGCUAUAGGCGUAGCAUACGCCAGGAUUUCAGGAUAUGUUAAAGAUUCGGCCUCAAAUGUCGGUGGAGAUGAGUCCAAGAUCUUUGACAUACAACCCCAGCCACCAAUCCAACCAGUGAAAAUAGUACAGUCCCUUGAGAAGCCGAUAGCUCCCAGUCACGAGCUGCAGAAACGACCAACGGCCAAACAGGCCACAGAGGUCAAAAAGGUCAAGCAGGACCGCUCUGCAUCGGCAUUUGUUCCACGACCUGUAGGGAAAAUAGAUCAGCCACAACCUAUCGCCAAGCAGGCUACAAAGGUCACACAGGUCAAGCAAAACGAUGACCACUCUGGAGGGGCAGUUACUCCUAAAUUACAGAGGGAACAACGACACAUUACACGGGACAGAGAUCAAACAUUAGGCCAAACAGGGGUCAGAGUCCAGGAGACACACAAGGUCAAGAGUCCAGAUCUAGAAGAACCAGACUCAGGGUUUGAUGAAGGAGAUGUCUUCCUGGACUCAUUGGAUUUCUCCACUAAUUUAGAGCCACCACUGUUUGAAGUAGGGAUGUAG